CUGACACCGAGAAGCCUCCGCUCCUUGGGAACACCGCUUCCAUGCCCGCGCAGAGGCGGAGUGAAGGCCGCCGAGCGAGAUCAGCUGCUGAAGUAACAGCCAACGGCUUUCGCCUCAGCCCCAGCGCGAGCCCCGUCCCGGCGGGACACCUCCUCCCCCGCGAGAGGCGGCCUCGCUCCGCCAUGCGGCUCCCGCCGGGCGCAGCCGAACUACGUCUCCCAUGGCGCAGCGCGGUGCGGGCGCGCUUCCGGCAGGGCGCGGGGCCGGCGGUGGGAUCGGGCCGGCGGGGCCAUGAGCCGCAGGGGCGCGGUGCAGCGCAAGGUGCCGUGUUUGUUCGUGACCGAGGUGAAGGAGGAGCCGUCGGCAAAGCGGGAGCGCCAGCCGUUUAAAGUUUUGGCAACUGAAACCCUGAAUGAAAAGGCAUUAGAGGCAGAUAUAUACAAUGCAAUUCCUACUGAAAAGGUGGAUGGAACCUGCUGUUACGUAACUACCUAUAAAGGGCAACCAUACCUAUGGGCUAGGCUGGACAGAAGACCCAACAAACAAGCUGAAAAAAGGUUCAAACGAUUUUUAUAUUCAGUGGAAGAUUGUAAAGAAUUUAUUUGGAAUGUUGAAGAGGAUUUCAAGCCUGUUCCAGAUACCUGGAUCCCAGCCAAGGAAAUAGAAUUCUCUAAUGGCAAUCCUUUGCCUGAUGAAAAUGGACAUAUGCCAGGUUGGGUGCCUGUGGAGAAAAACAGUAAGCAGUAUUGCUGGCACUCAUCUGUUGUAAAUUAUGAGGCUGAAAUGGCACUUGUAUUGAAACACCAUGCUGACCCAGGGCUUUUGGAAAUUAGACCAGUAUCACUGUCAGAACUUCUAGAACAAACACUGGAGCUUAUUGGGACAAAUAUUAAUGCAAAUCCAUAUGGAUUGGGAAGCAAAAAGCAACCUAUACAUCUUCUGGUACCACAUGGAGCAUUUGAAAUAAAGAAUCCACCUACUUUGAAACAAAGUGACAUAGUGUCAUGGUUUGAAGGCUGCUGUGAGGGUAAAGUUGAAGGAAUCGUUUGGCACUGCCGUGAUGGAUGUUUAAUCAAGCUCCAUCGCCAUCAUCUUGGUUUAUGCUGGCCACUUGCAGAGACAUACCUGAAUUCUCAGCCUGUUGUUAUUUCUUUCAAUAGAAAUGACUAUGACUGUGAUUUUGGACCAAAGAGUUUGUUUCAUCAGUUUUCAAAACUAGAUGGUCAGAGAUUUGACAGACUCAAAGAUAUCAAGUUUGAUGAUUGAAGUUACUUUUCUAUUUUAAGUUAGUAGCUCUAUGUCCUGCAUUCCACUUUUUUCUAUCACAGAACUCCUUACAAAAAGGAAUCUUCCUGCUUGAACAGCAAGCUCUGUACUCUAUAGUUUGAAGUUUUUCUUAAAUGACUUAUUGUAAGUAGUAACGUAUGUGACAUCCAGAACAGAAUCUAGUUUCAAGCAUGUUUAUUUUCAUUUUUGAAAAAUCUUUAACUUGUUCACCCAUUUCUGGAACUGCUAAUGGUUAAGCAGCACGUUGUCUAACUAAGUGGCUGAUCCUAGCAGCUUAGUUAAUGAAUGCAAUCAACUGUGAAAGUUCCCUAGGAUGCGCUUUUCUAAAUAUAAUUACUGUGACA